AUGGAAGCUAAGUUAAAAGGCUGGAAAGAAAAAGUCAUGCCACAAUCUAGUAGAAUGGUGUUGAUCAAAGUUGUCUUAGCAAAUGUCCCUACGUUCCAAAUGGGAUGUUUCAUAAUCCCUAAGACUAUAACUAAGAAAACAAAUGCAAUUCAAAGGGACUUCUGGUGGGGAAAGGAUACUAACUCUGGAGGGUUUUAUCCAAAAACCUUGCCAAGUCUUUGUAAACCUAUACAUAAGGGAGGUUUAGGAUUUAGAUAUUCUCACAAAUUUAAUCUUAAUAUGGUGGACAAAUUGGUUUGGAGACUUAUAAAAGAAAAAGACUCUCUUUCGGCUAAAACAUUGAGAAAUGGGUACUUCAAAAAGAAAUCGCCACUAAAAGUAAAACCCUCUACUAGGAUCUCAUGGAUCUGGAAAUGUAUCUGCGAAGGAUUACAUCUUAUCCGGAAAUAUAGUAUUUGGGAAAUAGGUAAUGGUUUAAGUGUUAAUCUAUGGGAGGAUAAUUGGUUACCAGAAGUGCCUCAAAGAGCUAAAGUUUUUACUUGGAAAUGUCUGCAGAACGUCACUGCGACAAAUGUGAAUCUUUAUGGUGAAGUCGAUGACAUUCAUCCUAACUGUACUUUGUGUGGUGAGGAUCUAGAAACCAUGGAACAUUUAUUUUUCCACUGCCCUUAUGCUAGAGAAGUUUGGGAAACAGCUCCGAACCCCAUUUCUCUUCAACUAGAUCCCUCUACCUCCAUGUUAAACCUUUAUAAAGAUUGGAUUCACAACCCAAGGCAUGAAAUUUCUUUAGAAUUAGCUUUAACAAAAAUGUGGAUGACAUGGAAAGAACGAUGUAAUAGAGUUUUUGAAUCUAAAAAUAGAUCAUCAACACAAUUAUCUCAGGAUAUCCAAAGACAUCUUCUCUUUUGGACUAGAAAAGACACUAAACAAGCUAAGCAGCGUAGACAUACAUCAUCUAGACCUAUUUGGAUGGCACCUGAGACUAACACUCACAAAAUUAACAUUGAUGCAUCUUGGGAUUCAGCUAUAACCCCCUCAAGCUUUGCUUUAAUUUUGCGAGAUGAUGUGGGAAUCUUUGAAGGAGGCAAAGCAGGAUCAUCAUUCUCAACAAAUCCACAUGAAGCAGAAGCAGUAGGAGUUUACCAGGCAGCAGUAUGGGCUAAAGAAAACAAUAUCGGAAAUUUCAGCAUUGAAGGGGAUUGA